GUGCAAAAGGCCCUCUUUGUUCCAUUUCGUGCCAGCUUCGGUGGGUGUCAGUUGGCGUUCGAGUUGCUGCCUUGGUUCUCGGACCCGCUUCCCGCUACCGACCUUUACGGAGACAUCGCACCACACGGUUCCCGGACCCCAGACGACCGACCAACCGUCAACAUGAGCAGCCAGGAGUGCUACGCCUGCCACAAGCCCGGCCACUUCGCCCGCGAGUGCCCGCAAGGAGACCGCAGCUAUGGCGGAUCAUUCGGCGGCAGCUCCUACCGCUCCGGCGGUGGCGGAGGUGGGUUCAGCUCCCGCGGUGGCGGCAGUAGCCGCGGCGGCGGCGGCAUGCGCGGAGGCCCGCAAAGUCGCAUGGGAGGCGGCGGCGGCGGCGGUUUUGGCCCUAGCCGACUCACUUGCUACAACUGCGGCAAGGCGGGACACAUCGCCCGCGAGUGCCCCGAAGACGGCAAGACCUGCUACACUUGCGGCAAACAGGGCCACAUAUCGCGCGACUGCGACGAGAAGCCGUGAGAAUUGCGCGCGCGGGACAGCCAGGCAGAACGGAGAUAAAGAACAAAAAAGUAACCUCCGCCGCCGCACACAAGAGUUCGUUGUUGCGUUGUCAUCGUUCUAGGCCUGCCGUGAAGAGAAAAAAGCAUUCGACCCCCCUCCCCAAGUCUCGUGGCGGUUAACGCUAGGACUGCAUUUGUUUCCUCCGGUCAUCGCAUUACUUUCCAUUCCUGAAACAGAGCACCAUUCGACGUUCGUUUUUCUUUUUCUUGCGUUCCUUUGCGCCAUUCAUCCGGAUAGGCGGAGCCGUCAGACGCUUCCCCUAGCUUAGCAGUGCGAGGAAGCUGAGCCCUGGCCUCGUUUUUUUUUUACCUCGUCUGCCGGCGCCGGCGUCCAUCUUUGAAAAGAAAGAAAAAAAAAUGGUGGAUGCUGCGUACUCGUGUAGGCCUAGCCACGCCACAAUGGAUGCUCACACGUGGCGGCAGCCUUCGCGACGGAGAAGGGAAAAAACAAGAUCGGUGACCUCUUCGAGCAGUGGUACGUCAUCGACUCGUCGUUCGCAUCGCCUUCUUCGUGCGCUGGCUUCCAAAACCUUCCCUUCCCCCGGAUUUUUUUUUUACCCCGAUCUCCGUUGGUGACUUGACUGAACGUGUUUUUGUGGUGGCGUUUCGGAGCCGUCGGUAUGUGCCAACCGAUGUGGGCUCGUGUAUUUACGUUUUUUUAGCUCCUUUACCGGGCGCGCCGAAUACGGCAAACGAAAAAAAAAUGCUAGAAGAAAAUUUCCGAAGAGAUAGAGAGGGUUGAACUUUGCGGCUUUAUGUAACGGAGCUUGUUCGAGGACAUUUGUGUUCGAGAAACUUUCUUUAAAACAAAACUUCAUGUGUGUUGUGUGCGCGUGUGCUGCGUAGGACUGGCGUUUAUUUUUAUUUUUUCCUCCUUCCUUCUUUGACUGUGUAUAAAACGAGAAAAGAGAAAUGCCUCAUGUACAAUCUUCUUUCCAAAGGCUGAUGAUUUUAGUGUGCCGUGCAGUUGUUGUUGCAGGGAGCACUACGCGAGGACAAUAAAAAUGAAAAAAGAGAAAAAGGCUGAUCUGCA